AUGGCGAGUACCUGUGGCCCUACGUGUCCUACCGACAACGGUUUCUUCGUCAGUGGUCUCAAUGUCGGAGGUGGUGCAGUCCUACUCGCCGCCUUUGCCUCCUUGACGCCCGCUACGUUCUAUCUGGGAUACCGCUUCCGCACCCCAGGCUUCUCCGCCAUGCUUGCAACUGGCAUUUCUUUUGAGGUCUUUGGAUUCCUCGGGAGAAUACUUUUGCAUCAAGCCCGGGAUCGUCAAGGCUACUUUGCUCUCAUGCUCUUGGGGAGUGUUUUAGGGCCAACGUUCGUCUCGGGCGCCAUGUCGAUGGUGUUGCCGCAUCUAUUUGCCAUUCAUGGGCAAGGACAUGGUUCACGGCAGUCCAUUGUUGCCACAGUCUUUCUAUGGGCAUUGUUCAUAGUGAGCUUCAUACUCGAUGUCGUUGGCAUUGUGUUCGUGGCCUACGGAUACGGAGACCGUGAUCGAAGUGCCGACAUAGUUGUUGGGGGUCUUGGGGCCCAAGCUCUUUUGCUGCUUGCCGUCAUGGGCGCGUACGUCUGUUUCAGUACCGGCUUGUGCCUCAGUGGUGACGCCCUCGAUCCGGCUCACGCAGACAUCUACCAUUCUACUCGAUUUUCCAGGUUUCUCCGCUGCAUGGAGGUUGCAGCCAUUCUGCUUUUCGCACACACGGUAUAUCGGAUCUUCGAGCUGAUUGGGGGUUUGAGCGGCACUCUCUUUCAGAGCGAGGCCGCUUUCAUGGUCAUGGACGGAUUGGUCCCAUUCUUCGCCUGUCUGCUGUUGACGACUGCACAGCCAGGCGCUGCUUUCGGGCCGUCGUGGGCCUCAACAUCUCCUAGACACCUAAAGCGCCGAGGUCUCUCUCUACCACCUCUACAAACGUCAUUCGGCGUUGGUCAUGCCGUUCAUCACCGCUACGAUCCCAACAUCCGGCAGCAGUUUUCACCUUCCACGCAAAGGCCGUUGCGAGAGGCUAAACCCCCACCCACAUACGGCUCCUACGGCUUACCGUCAUCUCCAAGGCCAGUCAACAGGCCGCAGAGCCCGAUGAUCCUGUCACCCAUAUCGGUCCGAGCUGUGAGUAUAGGGAGACUAAGUGACCGAACGGAGGGAUGGACAGCUCAGGCAGACUUGGUAGACAGGGACGUGCUAUGGUAG